GCGGCGAUAACAACGCGAUGAGAGAGAACCCAGUUAUUGCACACGCUCAAAGAAAAAAAAAAGGACGGCCAGCUUGCCUAGUACAGACUGGUUACCAUUCUUCCAGCAUCCAUGUGCUUCUUUUCUUAAACCAGGCAAUAUUAUAUUUUAGUUCAACAUCUACACUCACGCAAAUUUAAGUGUCUAAGUGUUCCGGUUACUGUAGUGAAGCAACAGUAAUUGCAAAUGAUUCACAGUAUAUUCUGAAGCAACUUUUUCAUAAUCAAUGGAUGACAGUGGUUGUGAAAUGUCAGGUGAUUUGGAUUCUCAACUAUUCUUCAAUGAGAAGGAUGGAAAAAUUGAUAGUGCAGCGAAAUUUGACAAUUCAGUGUCUAUUAGUCGCUCAUCAAGUUCUAUGUCGCAGACUCCUUUAGAAUAUUUUGACAUCGUCAUCGUAUGCAGCUUAAGUGCAGUUGAAGCACGAAAGGAUUUUAUGAAUUUCGCUGAGAAACAACAAUGGAAAGUUUUUCUUCCACGUAGGGAGAAGCUAGUUGGUGAAGAUGAAUUUAAGACCUUUAAACGUGGAUAUGAUGUCAGCACAUAUAUUGUGCUCUUACUCACCCCAUGCUUCGAGGAAGAUGUAUGGGCAGUGAACAGGUUUCAAACCGCCUUGAAGCUGGCCAUUCAAGAGAAACGGUCAAAUGUUAUUCCCGUGCUAUAUGGUCUUCAUCCGACAAAGGUGCCGUUUGAGUUGACAGCUAUUGCAAACAUAAAACGAGAGGAUGAGUUUUUUGAUCAUGUUAUGAAAAGGACUAUUGAUACAAACCUCCGAAAACAGCGCCAAAUGGAAUAUGAUGAUGAAUCAAGCAAUUUAGAGGCAGUGAGUCAGGAUAUUGAAGUGGACUCUAUGGAUUUAGCAGGUGCAUCAUAUGCUGAUAUAUUUUCCACAAUGUCUGCAGAACACAGUCCAUUACCCAAUUCUGCAAGGUUUCUGAAUCCCAGACUAUUCCAUAAGCUGUGCAUGGCCCUUGAUAUCCCAUCACCAAAUAUGAAUGGUGACUGGCGAGGCUUAGCGACGUCAUUAAACUUAAAAAGUGAACAGAUUACAUACAUUGAAAGCAACUCUCGGAAACCUGGCUUCAGUGCCACCAAGAAAGUCCUGGAUGUUUAUUUUCAAAAGAAUAAAAAUUUAGAUGAACAUUCUGUACUUAGCCAACUACAGCAAGUUUUUAAAGGUAUGGACUUCGGAAAAGGCAUUCAAAUUAUGCAAGAAGCUCUGGAAAGCUGUUAAAUUUACAAUGCUCGAUAUGUUCCAAUACUUGUGAAUAUAAUCUCCUAAGUGAUUUGGGUGUUAACCGAACCCACGACCUUCAAAUAUGUAGCCUGGUGUCUUAACCACUAGACCACCAAGCCUGUGCCCAAGUAGUAGCGGGUAUUAUUCUGUUUUUAUCAAGAGAUUUAAUAAUAAUAGGAAUGAUUUAUAUACAAUUACUGUCUAUAUCACUGCAUGAAAUAUUGCCAUUACAUUUUACUGUACUUGGUGUUUAAAUUAUAAGUUGACCUCUCUUCAGCAUCUCUGAGCAUGCAUUACGACCAUGCUAUAUAAAGAUAUGAUUAAUUAUAAAAUUAUGCUUGGCAAAAUUAAUUGCUAGUAAUUGUAAGAGGUAAACAGAUUUAAUCUGAAGACUAAGGACAAUUUCAUUAGGUUUGUGGAUGCCUGUAAAAACAUGCUAUUGUAGAAAUAUUUGAGGUACAGUAUUUAGAGAAGAAAUUAUGCUUAGGUUAGCCUGAUCUUGGCAGAGAACAUGAAUGUAGUCUACGUCUGGGACCUAGAGUAUUCUUAUAAAUAUACUGUACCAUAGUUAUUGACUUGCUACAGUAUAAGGCAUUUGUAAGGUAUUUUGGGACACUGAAUGGAAAAUAUUGACCUAAUUCAGGGGUGGGCAUAAAAGUCGUUCAGAGGGCCAAUGUGUUUUACAGCAAAUGUUGCUUGGAGGGCCGCACACAUAGGGUUUUCACUUCAUUUUCGUGGGCCGUAAAAAUAUUGCUGUCAGGCCAGCUGCAUGCCGCACUUUGCCCACCUGUGCCCUAAUUAGUUGUAAAGAAUAACUUUUUAAGAUUUUAAUUGUGUGUUUAAGUGUGUGACAUUCAGUAUUUCAACCAUUACAUUACUUUUAUCUUUAUGAAAUUAGUGAAAUUAAUUUAUGUGAAUCAGGCUUUUUCAUGCAAUUAUAGUAAGCUUUCAAACAAUAUCUUACUAAUAAGGUUAUGAAUCUAACCAUGGAGGUAAUUAUAGUACCCCAAUGAUCAAAUUUACCAUGAUAGUAUUCUUUGUGUAAAUUGUAGCAUGCAAAAUUGUAGAACUUGGACAUUAAAAACGAGUCUUGGAUUCUGAAAUAUUUUUUAAGUGAAUUUAACAGUGAACACAUCAGGGUGGAGUACCCGGCACUGAAAUUCCCAGCAAUGUACUAUUUUUCGAUAUUUAUGAAUUUGCGCUUUCUUUGUUGCAUAAAAGACAUGAAUGAAUUGUGCAUUACACAAUGCCAUUCAGUAAAUUAAUUGUGCAAGACUGAUUAAUGGUGUUAGUUUAAUUAGUACAUUUGAUUAUUUUUAACGCACAGUGCACUUUAAAAAAAAUUACUUGGUCUGUGUCGGCACCCUAGUGCCACUCAGAUAUUUGUCAUGUAUCUUAUUUUAUGAAUACUAUGGGAAAACAUGCUAUGGGCGGGAGGGGGAAGGGUGUCUCCGAGAAAUUGGGAUGCCCCCCCCCCCUUGCACUGAAGUAAGCAAGAAUUUCCCGGAAGAUAAAUUCAUAAUAUUUGCAUACAUGUUGAGAAAGCUCACUUAACCAGAUCCCAGAAGGGACUUCUUUCAACUUUGACCCCUGCCAUGGCUUUUGUGUUUGGAAUGGAAUAGAAUGCUAACAAAUUAGUAGGACAUGGAUGUCACAUGGUGCGUUGUGCUGUUCCUGCUUUUGUCAAGAUUUUUUUAUGAUUUUAUACUGGAAUGGCUUAAUAAUAAAAUAAUAAUAAUAAUAUUAAAAUGCAUUGCAAUACUGUAAAUUUAAGUUUUAAUUUCUACAUUUAGGAUGAAGAUACAGUAUAUGGUAUAGAGUUUAUCGAUACAGCAUGGCAUGUAAUGUCUAUAAAUAUUUUUGAUCAUUUGAUUUGGAAUAAAUUAUUUACAUCUGUACAACAG